GAAAACUUGAUUUUUGAUUUGUUUUUGAGUGCUCUAGGCAAAGUUCAACGUGCGGUCAAUCUGUAUGUGAUAAGUCGGAUUGUGAACUGAUCGAGCUGGAUAGUAUGUUUUAGGGGAAAGAAAUGCGAAUAGAAGCUUUUGGAGAGCCCAUGGACGUUUUUCCCUGUCCGCAGUGCGGAAAAAUGUAUAGACAUAAAAGAUCCCUAGUUAGACACGUGAAGCUGGAAUGCAAUCAAGAGCCCAAGUUUUCCUGUCCCGAAACAGGUUGUGAUUAUAGAGCUCAUCAAAAAGUUAGUCUGCGUAGACAUGUACUCGUCAAGCAUUCCGAGGAACCUCUUUCCCCUUUUGUACAGAAUUUGUAGUCAAAUGUAACAGUAGCAAUUCUUUGUAGGAUUAAACCUAGGCAAUGUGAUAUAAAAUAAAGUAUUUAUUUUAACUG